AUAAAACAUGAAAGCAACAUUCACACUUCUUUGCGUGUACUUCUACGCGCUCCUGUCCAGCGGCAACACUUCAGACGACGAUGACCGCCGUUGGCUUUCGUCGCUCAUUGCCCUGGUGGAGAUGGACUACGAAGACCACUGCGACCAGAGGGCCACGGCUUCUUGGAAUGAGCUUGUAGGAUCCCCGAAAGGACUAGCUCAAAAGCUGGGACGCGACAAAAGCUACGGGAUCUUCGCCCGCGCUCAGACCACCGACGUACGCAUAGCGCUCAAGGCGCAUGCGCUCAGCGACGAUGAGCUGCUCAAGCGUAAGGUGAAGCUGCUGCUGCAACCGGGUGACUUGCUGCUGCCCACCGAACAGUGGAUCCGGCUGGUCACAUUUGCAGACACCUCAGAGAACGUUCUACGAUUUGCAACUGACUACGAAUGUGGAACAACUAUGAAUUGUACACUGAGAGAACUACACAACAGCCUGGCUAAGCAGCACGAUGAAGAAACACUGCGCCACAUGAAGGAGUCAUGGGAGAAGAAGCUUCCGGAUCUAAACGAAUACCUUGAGACAAUAUUACCGUUGCUGAAGAACACGUCCAAAGAAAAUGAAUUUAACACAGUCGAAGAUUACUGGGACUCACUCGCUGAGUACGAAGGCGCAAUACUGAAGGCUCGAGAAUUGUGGGACCGCAUCAGGCCACUUUACGAGAAGUUGCACAAAUAUGUCGCUCUCAGGCUGAAAGGCACCGAGGCUGUCGGGAAGCCACUGCCAGUUUAUUUGUUAAGAUCACUAGCUGGAGAUGAUUGGUCGAAUGUUAUAGAAAACCUACUACCCAAGCAUGCAGAUAUUUAUCAAAAAUUGUACGCUAAUCUACAGUUAAAGAAUUUUGGUGGUGUAAAUGCAUUUAAAGAGGCUACAAAAUUGCUAACCGAGAUAAAUAUGCCUCAAAUUGAGCCAUACACUUGGGACAAAUCAAUAUUCAAUAGCAGCUGUCCACCCGUGCUGGUGGAUUGGUGUAAGCCCAAUAAGCUAAGGGUAAUCUCAUGCAGCGACGUGUCUAUCGGAAAUUACAUGGAUGCUCACGAGGCUGUCAUGCGAAUAAAGUAUAAAGAUACUGUCGCUUUGCAUAGCAACAAUACUUACACACUGAGAAAUGCUAACCGCUAUUCAGCUGUUUACGAAGCUAUACCUGAAUUCUCAUCACUUCUGUCGGUAAAUCCUCAUGCCUUGAGUCGAGCUGGAUUAUACUCUAUAGAGAAGUUUAAUUUCAAUCCGAACUAUCAUCGUCUGGUUCUACAAUUAAUAACUGCUUUGCGAGACCUACCGAAAUUGAAUUUCUAUAUAGCCGCCGAUGAAUGGAGACUAAAAUAUCUUAAAGAAACAAAAACUUCUUCAACAAAAAAUGAGAGCUGGUCUGAUUUUAGAAGAGAUUUCUCUUGGUUGGAAACUUCUAACGUAGAUAUCCUUGGUAACCCUUACGUGCUUCACAACAAGCCAUUUAUUGGAAAAUUCAUGGGCCUUAUUCUCAAAUAUCAAAUUUAUCAAUCCUUUGCCGAAGAACUUAUAUCGGAUGAGUCUGACCUUAUAAAACAUAUUUCUGAGAACAACGAUCGUUUAGUGAGUACAAUGUCUCAAGGUUUGGGAAUCAAAUGGCCUGAAAUGGUUAGCGAUUUAUUAGCUAAACGAGAGAACGCGCUCGAAUACACAGGCCUGACUGACUACUACAGACUUCUAGAUGAAUAUUUAGACAACCAACUAGACCCUCAGCUAGGAGUUAAUGAAUUAGAUGAUUAUGUCGAGCCUUCUGAGCCAGAAAUUAUAGAAAACGAAAUUCCCACCGAAUUUCAACUACCCGAAAAUAGUGAGACUCAUGAGAACAUUCAAGAGAACGAAAUUGAUACAGGAGAUGAAAAUAACAUGAAGUUUGGCGCUGAAACUUCGACUGUGGGUGUGUUAGAAAUAAAAAACCCUGUUGUAUCUGGGGACCAGGAGCAGAAAAAUACAAAUGUCAAAGAAGCUUCAUAUAACGUCUACUGGUGGAUUGGCAUAGCUGUUGCAGUAGCCAUUAUAGUAUUAUUGAUAGCAAUAAUUGCAAGAAAACGGCAGAACCAUCGAAAACAGCUUGAUAGACAAAGAAGAGAAAAUACGCAUGCCUGAUUUGAGGAGUAUCGGUUCUAGAUGAGGAACCGAUAUUAUAUCUGUAUACUUAUACUAAUUUUAGUAAUGUGUGCCAAUGCGAAUAAUUUUAUGUGUGUGUUGAGUUACAGAGUAUAUGUGUGCGAGUAAAAAUAUUCUAUUUAUUGUGCUUUAGAAGUAAUUACCAAUUAAGUUAUUUGCUUUGUAUUCACAACGUUUAUUUAUCAACAAUAUUAUUAUCAAACGAAUAUU